AUGCUUCCUUUUAUUGCUGUCUCCGCACUUGUCACUACCCACUCUGCUCUCGCGGCUCUUGCAACCGAAGGGACUUCCAUUCAACUGCAAAAACGUGGAUCUCCGCUCUCAAGGGACGGAGUGAUUGUUCCAGAGGCCCUUGCGCGUCAGAUUUAUCGUGUUUCCCACAAAUAUUCGGUUGAUGUGAAUAUCACUGGGUUUCUCAAAGAUUCUAUAUCCUUGUUUGAACGUCAGAAUGAACCCCUGGAAAGCAAGGCGAAUGACACACUAUGGGCAGGUCAGAUCGAAAUUGGCACACCUCCCCAGCCAUUCAUCGUCGAUUUUGACACUGGGUCAUCGGACCUUUGGAUUCCUUCGUCAACAUGCACAUCCGAAAGAUGUUCAGGCAAAAACACAUACGACGCUUCGAAAUCAUCUUCUAGCAAGCCGCAAGAAGGAAAAUUCGAUAUCACAUAUGGAGACGGCUCGGGGGUCUCGGGUCCAGUUUAUGCUGAUACCGUCACUGUUGCGGGGCUGAGCGCUGAAAACCAAUUCUUCUCUCCGGUUAAUGAAACUAAUUCGUUGGACGAUUAUGGCACAGAUGGCCUGAUAGGACUCGCUUUCAAGUCUAUCUCUAGGAUCAAUGCACCCACUUUUAUCGAUUCGCUAUUAUCCCAGAACAAAAUCAUCAAACCCAUAUUUUCCAUGCGUCUCGCCUCUGCUCCUGGUUCAGAGCUCUACAUAGGAGGAACGAAUCCCUCGAAAUAUACCGGUGACAUCACCUAUGUGCCCCUGGAAGCCCAAACCUACUGGCUCGUCAACGGAAGCACCAGCGCCAACGGCCAAGAGGGGUUCAGUGGCAAGAUGAUUAUUGAUUCGGGAACGACCGCCAUCCUGGGCUCAUACGAUUCCGUAUGGAACUGGUGGUCCAAGGUACCUGGCUCGGCAUAUUGCCUGCCUAGAGAUUGUGGUACACCCGGGUACUUUACAUUUCCAUGCGCCAAUGCUCCUAGCGUGAGCUUCACUUUUGGUGGGCGCGAAUUCCCAGUCGCAGCCGAAGACUUCAACGUCGGCACUCUCUCGAGGAACAGUUCCAUCUGCGUCGGUGCGGUCGCCAUCCUGAACACACCUAAUAACACAUGGGUCGUUGGAGACGCAUUUAUGAAGAACGUAUAUACCGUUUUCGACGCUGAGGAGUCGCGAGUUGGGUUUGCUACCCCAGUUUAA